CGCCUCCGGAAGUGACGCAGCGGAAGUGAAGCGCGUUGCUAUGGGCGGCGGCCGCUGCUGUUGUUGUGAUGCGGUCAGAUCUUGAGAAUAAAUGAAGCUGUGAUCGUGUGUGUGUGUGUGUGUGUGUGAUGGCGGGGAAGGUGAAGUGGGUGACGGACAUCGAGAAGUCAGUGCUGAUCAAUAACUUUGAGAAGAGAGGAUGGAUCCAGGUGACGGACAGCGACGACUGGAACUUCUACUGGAUGAGCAUCCAGACCAUCCGUAGCGUGUUCAGCGUGGACACCGGCUACCGUCUGUCCGACGACCAGAUGGUCAAUCACUUCCCCAACCACUACGAGCUGACCAGGAAGGACCUGAUGAUCAAGAACAUCAAGCGCUACAGGAAGGAGCUGGAGAAGGAGGCCAGUCCUCUGGCGGAGAAGGACGAGAACGGGAAGCACCUGUACCUGGAUUUCGUGCCGGUGACGUUCAUGCUGCCGGCCGACUAUAACCUGUUCGUGGAGGAGUUUCGUAAGAGUCCGUCCAGCACGUGGAUCAUGAAGCCGUGUGGGAAGGCGCAGGGCAAGGGCAUCUUCCUGAUCAACAAGCUGUCUCAGAUCAAGAAGUGGUCUCGGGACAGCCGCACCUCCACGUUUGUGGCGGCCAACAGCGGGAAGGAGGCCUACGUCAUCUCCCUGUACAUCGAUAACCCGCUGCUGAUCGGAGGGAAGAAGUUCGACCUGCGGCUCUACGUGCUGGUCACCAGCUACAGGCCGCUGAAGUGCUACAUGUACAAACUGGGAUUUUGCCGUUUCUGCACGGUCAAAUACACCCCGAGCACCAGUGAGCUGGACAACAUGUUUGUGCACCUCACCAACGUGGCCAUCCAGAAGCACGGCGAUGACUAUAAUCAUGUCCACGGUGGGAAGUGGACGGUCAGUAACCUGCGCCUGUAUCUGGAGAGCACCAGAGGACGGGACGUCACCAAUCAUCUGUUUGAUCAGAUCCACUGGAUCAUCGUCCAGUCCCUCAAAGCUGUGGCUCCCGUCAUGAAUAACGACAAGCACUGCUUCGAGUGUUACGGUUACGACAUCAUCAUCGACGACAAACUCAAGCCGUGGCUGAUCGAGGUGAACGCGUCUCCGUCGCUCACCUCCAGCACGGCUAAUGACCGCAUCCUGAAGUACAACCUGAUCAACGACACGCUGAACAUCGUCACACCAAACGCUGAGAUCCCAGACUGCCGCUGGAACCGCAGUCUGCCCAAAGAGGCUCUGGGACACUACCAAGUGCUUUACGAUGAGGAGCAGGCUCUGAGCGAGAGCGCUGAACGAGACCUCAGGAGCCGCUCGGGUCAGCUGCUGGGGUCAAAGGGCAGCAGGUCGAGCAGCGUCAGGCCCUUCCCGGCCACCUGGAAGUGAAACCACACCUGGAGAACUGAGCGAUGCAUGAUACGGACGAGUCUGCAUGAGUGUAUAUCUGAAGAACACAGGACACAGACUGAUCAUCUACACACGUGUGUGUUUAUAUAUUUAACUGACUGAUCACAGCUGGAUUUGAGCUUAUAAACUCAGUCUGGACUGUUUACGCUCAAGUCUCAAUGUGUUAGAUCAGUUUACAGAAUAAACCUUCACAGCUAUCAGUACAGUACACUGUUUUUUAGGACUGCCCCUUGGUCGACCAAAAUUGUAUUAGUUGCUUAAACACAUAACGUUUUAUUUUUAAUCCACAGGAAGUGGACAGAUAGUUAAUGGCUGGUCUUUGUGGUAAUACAGUACAUCGGUCAGGACAUCCAUAUAUGCUCACCUAACAUUCAUCGACCUCAAAUAUGGCUUAUCAUCUGAAAUAUGUCUAGCAGCAGCUUUACAUGGCUGUUUGUGUUAACGUUAUCCCAGAGAAAUGUGCGCUGUUUGAGUGUCUGUGUGGAGUGUGAAAGCUGAACAGUAGCUCUCUCACUGCAGGACAGAUGGAGGCGCCGGAGCGAUCACUUACUCUAAAAAGUCAUUUUACUCAUACAGAUAAGAGUCAUGCUUCUUUCAUGCAACUCUGUUUAUUUGUGUGUAUUCACAAUUAUAACAUUGCGCUUUUGUAAAA